AUGAAUGCUCCCCUUGCUGCUUUUCUUCCCUCCCUCUCCCUUGCAUCUCAUGAGCCUUGCAUGGAGCUCGGAGGUGCGGUGAGCAUGGUGGAUGGGCUAGCAGUAGCUAGCGGUACUGGUUCUUCAGAAGGUGGCAGCCUUCUGUCUCGUUCUCUGACCACCUCCAGUGGUACCACUGAGCCCUGCUGCAAGCCAAAGGGGCUCCUUGGUUGUGCCUUUCAGAGGGCUUCUGAGGCAAUGGUACCUACCUUUGACUCUCUCUUCUCUGAUGGGGAGCAAAUGCUGAGCUUCUCUGCAACUUCCAAUCAAGAUAGCUUUGCGCUCAACUGUGAUGGGGCACUGCCUUCUUACUACCGUUCCCCUCCUUCCCCAAAACCCUAUAUUUGGAAUCCGGCUUCUUCUUCUUCUUCUUCUUCUUCUUCUUCUGUUACAGGGUUGUAUUCUGGGUGUCAUGAUGUGAGUUGCAAUGGUGUUUUGGCAGAGGUGAAGGGGCCAUUUACUCCAUCUCAGUGGCUGGAACUAGAGCAACAGGCCUUGGUUUACAGAUACAUUGCUGCAAAGGUACCAAUACCACACAAUCUUCUCAACCCUAUCAAGAGAAGCCUUGGCAUUUCAGGGCUCCCUCACUUCUCAGUUGGAUCCUCUGGCUCAAAUGCAUUUGGUUGGGGAUCAUUCUAUCUGGGGUAUUCUGGAAAUAGUGAUCCGGAGCCUGGUAGAUGCCGUCGAACUGAUGGGAAGAAAUGGCGGUGCUCGAGGGAUGCAGUCGCCGAUCAAAAGUACUGUGAGCGUCAUAUAAAUCGGGGCCGCCAUCGUUCAAGAAAGCAUGUGGAAGGCCAAUCUAGCCACGCCGCGAAAGUGAUGCCUAUUGUGCCUCCUUCACGGUCAACCUCAACAGUUUCUUGUGGUGAAUCAUCCAGUGGCCUCAGAGUUCCACAAUCACAGACUACUACCAACUUGGCCACAAGUGAACCUUCCCCUGUGCCAUUCAAGACGAAGUCAUUGAGCAAAGAAGACGUGAAAGAAGAUGGACAUGAAGCCAUGAAUCUCUCUAUAUCAGCUUCUAUGAGCUCGAAAGCCAUGACAUCGAUGCCCGUCUCGAGCAAACAAAGUGGAGAGUUUCAACUUGUUUCUGCUGGUUCUCAUUUCAAUCCAGAAAGUAGUUCUUCAUUGGAUAUCAACCAUUUACCGUCAUCGAAGCUUGAUGUUCUACAGCCACAAUCCAAUCCUCUUCAUCAUUUCAUUGACAACUGGCCCCAAACCCGACCCCAUCAUUCAACUGUUACCUGGCGUGAGAUUGAAGACAUGCAAUCCGAAAGAACUCAACUUUCCAUGUCGAUAUCGAUGGCUUCCUCUGACUUCUCAUCCUCCACUACUCCUAACCAUAACAACAAUACACUCUCACCCCUUAAGCUGUCACGUGAAUAUGAUUUUGCUCGGUUGGAUUCACAGUUGUGCAGGAUGAGCGAAGCCAACCAAAGACAAGCAAGUUGGAUUCCAAUCUCUUGGGGGGCCUCCAUGGGUGGACCUCUCGGCGAGGCCCUUAAAAGCAAGACCUGUUCAUUAUCAUCAAUGAACGUCUUGACUGGCGGCUGGGACUCAAGCCCUCGGUUGGAAUCCUCUCCGACCGGCAUCCUGCAGAAACCUUCAUUUGGCUCGCUGACCAGCAGCACAGGGAGUAGCCCGAGGACCGAGAAUAAGAAGACUAACUAGCAUAUGCAACUAUUAACAUGGAUUCAUCAUUGAGAUAGAUAAUGCUCGAGAACUCCCUUCUCUAUAUGGUUGCAUGUCUACAUGUUUUGCUUUCCCUGCUCUAUUCAGUUUUUCCAUUGUGAUCUUCAUGGGUGACUCCAAAAUUUGCUUUUUACAAAACCGGAGAGCACCUUGAAUUUGAUUUGAAUCAAAUCUAUAUUGUAUGAACCUUCAAUUUGAUAAGUGUUGCUUUGUGAAUCCUCAA